AUGGAGGGGUGUGGUAAAGGCCUCGGAUUGGAUUUGAUCACCGUAGACCAAGAGAGAAGGGAUGAGGCUGAGGGAAUAGCCAAGCACCGAAAUGCAUAUUUGAAAAAGGGUCCACUUAGUGGUGAAAGGCUCGGAGCGGAAAAGAAAGAGAAUUAA